UAUAAAAACUACAACUUUCUUUAUUCAUAAUAACUAAUAUCAAAGUAGAGUGUUAUGACUUUAACCGAAAUGGAACCAAUGAAGAUUCACCUCGAUGCCUUGGAAAUGGCUGGAAAAAUGGUGGAUAAGCACAUCAUCGCCGACAGUAAUUUUCCUUCGUUGAUCAAUCUUAUGCGAUAUAAUUUGCAAGGUGGUCCAACCGUCAGUGGACUCGAUGUUUACGAUUAUCCAAAUUUAAAUGGGGCAUCGAUGAGCUUAAUUAACAUUAAUCAAAUGAGAACUCACAGCAAAAUACCAUUACCAUCUGAAGUUAUGGAACAUUUUGGUCAUAUGCAGUGUCAUUGUAUGAUGGGACUAUUCACAGAUAUUUCUAAAGCAUGGCUAACAAUAGAUAGCGAUAUUUAUGUUUGGUCGUACGAAAACGAAUCUGAUGUUGCAUAUUUUGAUGGCUUGAAUGAAACAAUAAUCAGCGUGGGACUUGUUAAACCGAAGAGCGGGAUUUUUCAGAGCUACGUUAAGUACUUGCUUGUUUUGACAACAACGGUAGAAAUUACAGUUCUGGGCGUUACACUCACGGAUAACGAAGAUGGGACCCAAGGUGAAAUGCAACUGGUACCCGAGCCCAUUUUUACUGUAACCACCGAUGGAAUCGCCAUAACGACAAUUGCUAAUACAAAUAGUGGAAGAAUAUUUCUUGGUGGAAGGAAUGGUUCGUUGUACGAAAUAUAUUAUCAGGCGGAAAGCAGCUGGUUUGGAAAACGUUGUAAAAAAGUGAAUCAUUCGGAAGGUCCAUUUUCAUUUCUCAUACCGUCGUUCGUCUCGGUUGCUCUUUCCGAAGAAGAAGCCAUAGUACAAAUUUCAGUCGAUGACUCUCGUAAUAUACUUUAUACCUUAGGUGACAAAGGAACAAUAACCGUAUGGAAUAUCGAUAGCGGAGGAGCAUCUAAAGCUACAUCGAUGUCUCAGGCUUCCUUAGUACAAAACUCGGUUCACGUUGUAAAAACCUUAGAUAGUAAUAACUUCAGACCCCUUGUCAGUAUUUCAGCUAUCAAUGAGUCAGAAUCACUGCAUUUGAAUUUAGUCGCUGUUGCAGCAACGGGCACAAGAUUUUAUUUUAGUUGUACGUCUGCGUCAAACCCUAUGGGAAGACCACAAUGUUUACAACUUAUUCAUGUUAGAUUGCCACCUGGUUACGCAGCUAAUGCACCCGUUAUGAGACCACGAAAAGUUCAAAUGGCUCACUACAGAAAAGGAACGCUCAUUUUAAUAUGCGGCGGUGACACUGAGAGCGCAUGGUGUUUAAGCAAUGACGCCUAUCCUUUUUCAAAUUAUCUCGCCGAGACGCAAAGUAUCCUACCGCUCGAUAGUCCAGUGUGGGCAUUGGCUGAGAUUCCUGGCGAAUCUGCCAUUCAAAUAGAAAAACAAUGCGGAGCGCAAGGCGAUCCUCCACUCUUGGUUCGCCAGCAUAUGGAACCUCCUCGUAAAUUCAUCUUUCUCACCGCGCAAGGUGCCAUAGUACUUGUUCAGGUUCGUCCCGUUGAUAUUUUACGACAACUUCUUCUCGAACAACGGGGUCCCGAUACCGAAGCCGUUAGAGCUUAUUUUCAAACGCAAUCACCAGAACAAGCUUGUGCGACAUGCCUUAUUCUUGCCACGCUAGAAAGUUCACAAAAUGCCCAAAUUGCCGAAUGGGCAACAAGAGCUUUCUUCUUAUACGGCGGACAAAAAAUCGCGGCUCUUCAAUCAGUUGACCCGCACGCUUCCUUUCCAAAUAUCACCACAGAUCUGCGCACUUCAACGCCGCGGAUGCAGUUCCUGGACGCGCGCUCGCAACUGCUGCGCACACCCCAGCAGCCACAAACCGGUCCAAACGCCGACAUAGCUCUGCAGCAAUUCUCGGCUAAGCACGGCGGCCUCUACCUCUACAUCGGCAGAAUAUUGCGGCCGAUCUGGAAUAUCCGCUGCAUCAAGCAGGAAAGCGCGAGCAACAAGAUUCACAUACUGAGUACCGUCAAUGCGACGCAGGUCGGAUGGAUCCUCGGUCACUUGCAAGCUCUUCGAUCCUUCCUUAACAAAAAUACUCACAUCGCUAAGCCGCAUAGUACGGUGAGGAGUAUCACGGAUGGCUUUGAUAGUACGAUAGCAAAUAAUUUUCAAGAGCCAAUAGUGGAAGAAAGAAAUUCUUUGGAUGCUUUAAAAAUCUUUAUUACCCACGCAUGUGAAAUUCUUGGAUUGUGGAAAGUACUUUGCGAGAAUCAACUUCACAAUAUCGUCAGCUGCUUGUCCAAGGAUCAAGUGAAUCAAUUUUCAACCGCAACAUUCAGAGAUCUCAUCUUAAUUGGCCACGAAAUCUCUUCCCUCUUGAUAAUUAAUUUGAUCGACAGUUAUUUGGGCGACAAUGCCUCGGUCGACUCGGUCAGUGCGAAACUGCGUGAAAUUUGUCCAAAUUUGUAUCGUAGCGAAGACGCCGUUUGUUCGAAAGCAAAUGAAAUCAUCUUAAAAGCGAAGAGCUGCACAAAUUUUGAGGAAAAAGAGUCCUUCCUUCAGUCGGCCUUAAAGUUGUGUAAAGAGGUUGCCCCGAGGCUGAAUGUCGCUGCGGUUUGUCAACAGUUCGUCGCCUGUCAUUUUUAUCAAGGAGUAUUGGAAUUGUGCCUCUGCUGUGCAGAAAAUGUCGAUCCCAAUAAUGCAGCCUUUCAUUUUUAUAAGAAUAACGAGCCCGUGGAGGAUCAAGAGGGAAAUUUUGCAUAUUUAAAGAGAUUAGAGAUUUACAAGGAAUUCACAACAAUGCUCGAUUACAUCUACAAUCAAAGUAUAUCAAAUUCGAUGGCUGUCGUUGCUUCGGCAAAGGAAACGAUGCAUGAAAUUAUCGAAGAGGCAUUACAUUCUUCGUGCGAAACUCUUCAUACAGCGGUAUACGCUUGGAUGAUUGAAAAGUCUCUUCAUGGUGAAUUGGUUGCCCUUGCUACGCCUUCGUUAGAAAUGUAUCUCAUUCGUGUAAAUGCGCCAGAAUUACUUUGGCAGUUUUAUGAACGAAACAAGAAUCACGCAGCGGCGGCUAAAAUUCUUUAUGCUCUUGCGGCGAAAGUUGGAACUGACGUUUCCCUGCCACAACGAGUCGAGUAUUUGGCACGAGCAGUAGUAUGCAUGCGUAGUGACGAAGCUGGUUACGCACCACACUUAGGAGUCUUCUUGAGAGAGCUUGAAGAUAAAGUGGAAGUCGCCCGUAUACAACAACAGAUUUUAGAUACUAUUUGCAAUCAGCAAGCACAUUUUGACUCUUUGACCGUAGGAGAUGCAAAAUUGAGGUUAAACUCUACUUUGCUAGACAUUACUCAGCUUUAUGAAGAGUAUGCGGAACCGUUACAAUUAUGGGAAUGUAAAUUAGCAAUAAUUCAUUGUUCCGGACAUCAAGACGUAAUGUUAAUUCAAGGAAUUUGGAAAAACAUAAUUGAAAUUGAGUUAAAGGAUGAGUCGAUACCCUCGGAGGAUAAAAUAGCUAUUGUUACGAGUAAAAUAAAACUCCUCGGUCAAGAAUAUUGUGGAACGCCGCAUUGCUUCCCAAUAGAUUUUCUAAUUAAAGAAUUAGAAGUAAGAGCUUGUAGAUUGAAAAUAUCAAAUAAUCACAUAAUAACGUGCUUCUUACAACUUAGUAUACCAAUGGAAGAACUCCUCGAUUACUAUGACAAGUUGAUUGGAGGAAAUAAUCGAAUAUGGCUUAACGAGGGAAACGAAUUUCAUUUGAUCGAAUCAACUGCUAAUCUAGUGAAUUAUUUUAUCACAAAUUCAAACAUUACAAAUACUUUUAUAAGAAGGAAAAUAAUAACGAGAUGCCAAGAUGUAAUUUCAAAAUGCUUGACAACAUUGUUCAGUAAACCAAAUGGUAAUGAACUAAUUACAAAACUUCGAUCAAUUCAAAGUGUCUUAAAUCGACUGUAAAAUAUAGAAUAUUUUUCUAUUAUACAAGUUACAAAAAUAAAUAUGAAACCCGACAAUUCAUUAGUUGUCUAGUUGUGUACAAAUUUAAUGAUAAUCAGUAAGCUGAUAAAUAAUUAUGAAUUAAAAUAAAUGUAUUAACUGUAAGACUUCAAAAGUUUCCUUCGUAUUGAACUUAUACAAGAUUUUACAAAAAUUAGUUUAUAAAUAAUUAUUUUAAUAUGAAUAACAUAAUAAAGUUUUUAUU